AUGUCAACUGAACAAAUACAACACAUAGCAAUAGUUGGAUGUGUUCAUGGCAAAUACAGACAGAUGUAUCAACAAUUGUCUGAGUAUGAAAAGAGUACUGGAAAAGAAAUUUCAUUUGUAAUAUGUACAGGAGAUAUGCAAACCCUGAGAUGUGAAUCUGAUUUGGUGUACUUAAAAGUACCACCAAAAUAUAAACAAAUGGGAGAUUUCCAUUUGUACUAUGAAGGAAAAGAAAAAGCACCUUAUUUAACAUUAUUUAUAGGUGGAAAUCAUGAAUCAUCUAAUGUAUUAUUACAACUUUACAAUGGAGGAUUUGUUUGUCCUAACAUGUAUUACCUUGGUGUAUGUUCUUGUAUAAAUAUAAAUGGGUUAAGAAUUGUUGGGGUAUCAGGAAUUUAUAAAUCAUUUGAUGAGAUAAAACCAUAUACAUACCCACCAUCACCAAAUGAUUUUGUUUCAUUAUUUCAUACAAGAAAUUAUGUUAUUCAAAUGCUUUCAAAUUUAAGUCAAAAUUCUCAAAUUGAUAUUUCAUUAUCACAUGACUGGCCACAAGGAAUUAUAAUGAAAGGCAAUUACAAACAAUUAUAUAGGUUCCAACCUGGUUUUAAAAAAGAUGGAGUUUCUCUUGGCUCACCUAUUAAUAAAGUAAUUUUAAGUACUCUUAAACCAAAGUAUUGGAUUUCUGGGCAUAUGCAUUGUGAAUAUCAUGCAGAAGAAGGACCAACACAUUUUAUUGCAUUAGGUAAAAUUGGGUAUAAAAAUGCAAUAUCUUAUCUUGACCUUCCUUUAAACCAAAAAACAGAUCUUGAAUAUGACAAAGAUUGGGUGUGUAAUCUUGUUAUGACAUGGCCUGCAUUUGCAAAUAAAGCACAAUUCCCUGACCCCUUAUAUUCUAUUUCUAAAUUAUUGUCUAAAAGAACUAAAGAACUUGACAAAAAAAUCAAUGAAUUAUGGGAGAAAUAUAUUGGAUUUAAAAUUAUUUAUGACUCAGAUACUUUUGAUUUACAAUUUACUUCAAGUCGAUUUUUUAUUGAAAAGAUAUAUAACGAAUUAAAUAUAAAUUGA